AGAAUCACUUUAUGCUCCUCCUCAACUCCAUGCUCCCCUCGCGUCUUUCUUGCCCUUCCUCCGCACUUUCUACCUCCGAAAUACCGCUAGCGUUGGAAACUGUUGCUCUCUUCAAACUUAUUUUUCUGGCUCCUCUCUGCCUCUUGCUUCCUUUCUAACCAUUCGCUCUUUCUUACUUCCUCCUUUAUUUGUACCACUAUGCUACAUACCUGCUUCACUUUCUUCUCUAUCACUAUCUCCUACCAUCUCUAACCCAAUCACAGCACACCCGUGCCGAACCGCCGCCAUACGGAGUAAAAUUUUAUAUUUUAUCAACGAUUGAUCGCUUUCAAAACAGUCGGAAAUCCCUCGCCUUGACAGUACUCGCCGCUCCGGACUUCGUUUAUUCAGAUGUAUUGUGGGAGUUGCUGUUCAUGUUAAGCAUAAUGGUGGUUUGUUUAAAUGAAUUUAGAAGAAAACAAAACUACAAACGACGACCCCUAGCGGUGACACUUGAACGUUUUGAUUGCGUGGCAACAGAUUCUCGGCGGUCAGACACAUAACCAGCAAGAUGGCUGUCAGAAGGGCUGUGAUACAGCUGGUUUUGAUGGUUUUACUUUAUUCUUCCCCCGGCGUCGAAUGUUUUUUUAAACGCAUCAGCUGCACCAUAUCCUCUGACUGCAAUUGUGAUUUUAAACCAAAUAUACGAGGUAAGAAAACGGAAGCUAUGACUAGAAGGGUAGAUAGCUAACCAGGUGGUGAGCUGCUCCAGUUUGUUUGUAAGAAGACCCCAUGGCUAGAGUUAGCUAGCGAACGAACGUACGUAUUGAUAUUAAAUGGUUCUGCAAAUGAUUAGUUACACUGAGCAAAAACGUACACCCAACAUGCAACAAUUUCACUGAGUUAAAGUUCAUAUAAGGAAAUCAGUCAAUUGAAAUGCGUUCUUUAGGCCCUGAUUUAUGGAUUUCAUAUGACUUGGAAUACAGAUAUGUAUUUUGCCUUAUGCAGCGUAACACAUCUUUGCAUAGAGUUGAUUGUGGCCAGUGGAAUGUUGUCCCACUCCUUUUCAAUGGCUGUGCAAAGUUGCUGGAUAUUUGCAGGAACUGGAACAUGACGAUCCAGAGCAUCCCACAUAUGAUCAAUGGGUGACAUGUCUGGUUUGGAAUGGGAUCUGUAUAAGAAUCUCUACGGACAGCAUCUGGCCCAGGACACGGUGUCAGAAGAGGUGGCAAACUUCCUUCAGAAGGAGAGUCCAGACCGACCCCUCGUCCUGUCCUUCCAUGGGGGGUCAGGGACGGGCAAGACUCUGGUCAGCGCCAUGUUGGGGAGACACCUGUAUGGCACGGCUAUGGGCAGCCCCUACAUCCAUCAGUUUGUGCCAACACUACACUUCCCCUCGCCUGACCGCGUCCAACAGUACAGGCUGGAGCUGAAGGACUGGGUGCAGGGGAAUUUGACAGCCUGUGCCCGCUCCAUAUUCAUCUUUGAUGAGAUGGAGAACAUGCCCCCGGGGGUCAUCGACAUCCUGAAGCCCUUCCUCGGGCCCUCACACACCGUGUUCGGCACCAACUACCGCAAGGCCAUCUACAUCUUCAUCAGCACCAUUGGGGAGGAGGUGAUUAACCGAAUGGCCCUGGAGACCCGACAGGCUGGCAAGGAGAGAGAGGAGAUCAGGCUGGUGGAUCUGGAGGACGCCAUCUCUCAGGCAGUGUUCAAUAACAGCAGAAGUGGAUUCUUCCAUUCCAGCAUCAUCCAGGAGAAGCUGUUGACCAGCUUUGUGCCCUUCCUGCCCCUGGGCAGACGCCAUGUGGAGCGCUGUGCCCGCAGAGAGCUCUGCCAACGGGGUGAGUGCCAGCGCACCGAUGUGGUGGAGGCAGUAGGGGGAGCCGUUGUCUACAUGCCCGAGCAGGGACAACACUUCUCCAGCAAGGGCUGUAAAUCUGUGCCGGCCAAAGUCAACCUCUUCCUAUGAGUUAAGGUGAAAGCCUUUUUUAAUUGUUAGAAUUGUGCCCAGAGCCUCAAACUGAUUAGGGUGGAUUUUAUCAGACAGUGAACUGAACUGUUUCUCAAUGAAGAUCAUCUAUAUAUCCACACUACAAACAGGAGAAGAUUGAUUGUAUUCAAAGAGGCAUGUAGACAUUUGAGGCGGUCUGCACACACAAGGUCAGAGAUGCAAAGGCAGAAACAUUAACAUUGAUCACAUUUUUACUGUGAAUCUCUAGUGAUUGUAUCCUCCGGCCCGGAUUCAGUUCAGAAACAGUGGGAUAGAUGUUCUGCAGUGUCCGGAACCGAGAGCUAGCCUCUACCUCCAAUCCAACAACCUUUCCUUUAAACAGAAAAGUGCAUCAUUGAAGUUCUGACUGUAGUGUGGUCGUAGGGGAAUGCAUCAUGUUUUCACAAUGUUCAUUAUUGCUACUAGCUAACCCUGGUUGAAAGGAGACUGGUCACUAAAUGUUGUCAAAAAUGAACCAGUGAUCUGUGACUUCAUUCAGGAAUGUGUUAUUCCUCCAAUAGGAAUAGACUCUUCCAGGGAAGUAUAACGCUGACCAAAAAGGCAGGCCAUAUUUUAAGGGGAAAGUAAGAGGUAAUGUUAAUAAGGGGUAGUUUGGGAUUUUGGCAAUCAGGCCCAUUAUCUACAGUCAGAUGAAUUUGUGGUUAUGUUAGCAUUGCAUUGUGUCAUAUGUCCUUAUCUACCAGGUUUUGUUAAAUUGAAACAAUCUGUCAUUACUUGAAAGUUGAACGAUCAAGCGUUAUCAUGGUGGGAUGACCAGGUGACUAGGAGCAGAGAUGGUGUGCUCCUCUUGCCACUAGGUGGCAGUAAAGGCUCUUUUGAUAGCCAAGGAGACAGAAUAGAACAUCUCAAGAGUCUUUCAUUGAAGAUUAUUCUUUUAAUCACUGUUUUUAAGAAUCUUUGUCGGAAUAUUUGUUGAUGAAAAGAGAAACAAAGAAUUGAGAAAUGUUGGUUUGAAAUAAUAAUAUAUAUAUAUUGUUUGGAUGAUGCCCUAGAAGUUCAAUUUACAAUGAAAUAGCCUAAAUAAUAUUUAGAGUACUUAGGCAUUCUUUGAAUUAGGACAUACAGAAAAACAAUGUCAGUUUACUUUUUACAUUUUUGUUUGAUGCAUUUUGAUAUGCUGUUGAAAAAUGCAUAUGCCUUUAAUUUUACUGAUACAUAACAAACUGUAAAUCUAAAUAUGUGUUAUUUACUUUACAAACUUGUUUUGGACAGAGGGAGUUUGUUCUUUCAUAGUAAUCUCUGAACAGCAGGCUGUGUAGGUUGUCAAUCAUUGUUUGCUGGUGGAAGUGGGAUAAUCAAAGGGUUGCCUUCUUUAUACUUGAACUAAUGUUUAUAUAAUUUGCACUAUUAAGAACAGAGCAGAAAAUAUCUUACCUUCGCUUGUCUGUAUAUUUAUUAGGAAAUGUAAUUGUUAAAAAAAAAAAAAAUGUUUUAGUUUAAGGUUCCUCCAAAAUCAGUUAUCAAAGUUAAUAGCCUUGGUUUCUUUAUCAGUUAUUUUACCAUUUUGCUUUUGGGAAUUGAAACUUUCAUCAAGUUUUAUAGAAAUCUAUAUAGUGUUGUCCCUUCUUAAAAUGCCUCCGGAGAAAGCUUUACACCAACAACAGAUUGAAGUAGUUAGGUUGUGACUGUCUAACCCACGUUUGUCCACCGUAUCUGGAUAUUUGUGUCAAGCAUGUAUUUGAUAAAAAUGCUGUUUGUCUAAUCCUACAGUGGACAGUGUGCACCUGACUGAAACUAAACACGUCCAGAAGUGCGAAAAGGCAGACCAGAAAGCAAGCGUUGACAAAGACCGAUUUGCGGUCGAAACGUGUCGGCUUUUUCAUAAAUAAAAGAGCACCUAUGCAUUAGAAAA